GUUAUUCUAUAACAGAGUAACAGACGGCCUCACACAAUGCUCAUUCUGUUUUCAGCGGCUGGGAGGUUUUUAAUUCAAAGACGACGCCAUUGUCCAUCCUUUCCCUUCUCAACAAGGAUUGAGAGCACCAAUAGCGCAAGUCAUAAUUUAAUACACACUGAUGAAUGAAUAUAUAUAGUAUUGAUUAAUUAAUACAGUAGCUUCACAUUACUCCAAUAAUAAUACAACUACUACUGCAAGUGCAAAAAUAGUAAACAACAACAGCAUCCAUGGCCAUCGAAACUCUUGUUUUAGGCGCUGGUCAAGAGGUUGGGAAAAGCUGCGUAGUGGUGAACAUCAAUGGAAAGAGAAUCAUGUUCGAUUGUGGCAUGCAUAUGGGUUACACUGACCAUCGUCGAUUCCCUAAUUUUUUUUUUUUUUUUUGAGAUUGAUGUUGUUGUUGUUUAUUUGUUUGUGAAAUUAAAUUGUGCAGUCACUUGGAUCAUGUUGGAGCGUUGGUUUACUUCACUGAAGUUUGCGGGUAUCGUGGCCCGGUUUACAUGACGUACCCAACAAAAGCUUUGUCUCCUUUGAUGUUGGAAGACUAUCGGAAAGUGAUGGUUGAUCGUCGGGGUGAGGAAGAACAAUUCACUUCUGAUCAUAUUGCCGAGUGCAUGAAGAAAGUUAUUGCUGUAGAUCUGAGGCAGACUGUGCAAGUAGAUGAAGACCUGCAGAUACGUGCAUAUUAUGCAGGACAUGUUAUUGGAGCUGCGAUGUUCUAUGUAAAAGUAGGAGACGCAGAAAUGGUUUAUACAGGAGACUACAAUAUGACACCAGAUAGACACCUAGGAGCAGCUCAAAUUGAUCGACUGCGACUUGAUCUUCUUAUAACUGAGUCUACAUAUGCGACUACAAUACGUGAUUCAAAAUAUGCUCGAGAAAGGGAAUUCCUCAAAGCCGUUCAUAAAUGUGUUUCUGGUGGAGGAAAGGUGCUUAUUCCAACAUUUGCUCUUGGAAGAGCUCAGGAACUAUGCAUUUUGUUGGAUGACUACUGGGAGCGCAUGAAUUUGAAGGUUCCUAUCUACUUCUCUGCAGGAUUAACUAUUCAAGCUAAUAUGUAUUACAAGAUGCUUAUUGGUUGGACAAGCCAGAAGAUUAAAGAUACCUACUCCACGCAUAAUGCAUUUGAUUUUAAGAAUGUUCACAAAUUUGAGAGGUCUAUGAUAGAUGCUACUGGUCCUUGUGUUCUCUUUGCUACUCCUGGGAUGAUAAGUGGUGGAUUUUCACUUGAAGUUUUUAAGCACUGGGCACCGUCAGAAAAUAAUCUUGUCACUUUGCCUGGGUAUUGUGUGGCUGGAACUGUAGGACAUAAAUUAACGUCGGGUAAGCCGACCAAAAUUAAUACAGAUCCCGACACACAGAUUGAUGUGCGUUGCCAGAUUCAUCAGUUGGCUUUUAGUCCUCAUACCGAUUCUAAAGGGAUAAUGGAUCUUGUAAAGUUUCUCUCCCCAAAGCAUGUUAUACUAGUGCAUGGUGAGAAGCCUAAGAUGGCUUCUCUAAAAGAAAGAAUUCAUUCUGAAUUGGGGAUUCAAUGUUAUAAUCCUGCAAACAAUGAAACCGUAUGCAUUCCUUCAACUCAAUAUGUAAAUGCAGAAGCCUCUGGUACUUUCAUCCGAAACUGCUUGAAUCCAAACUUCCAGUUUCAGAAAUGCAGUUCAGAAGACACGAGCAACUCUACUAUGAUAGACAAAAACUUAACGCCCAAACUUCAAGUUGAAGAUGAAAGAGUAGCAGAUGGAGUUUUGGUCAUGGAGAAAAGCAAAAAGGCAAAGAUAGUAAACCGAGACGAACUUUUGCUCAUGUUGGACGAAAAGAAGCGCAAGGUUUAGUUUACAUAUUGGUGAAUGGUAGUGACUCAAUAGACUGCUUAACUGAGCCCUUGGCUAACGUUCUUACAUUCAAAGCUUUGUGGUUACUGAUCUGGAGGAAUCAAUCAAUAUUUUGGAAAAUAUAUGCAAAUCGAGUAAUUUUGCGCAUCUCUCUUUUGAAGCAUGAAUGUUUUAGGAAGGAAAUCUUCCAAAGUACAAUCAAAGCAGUAUAUUGCUUCUACAUUUGUUCAGCAGUGAAAAAGAAAUUUUGCAAGGAAACUAAUUUCAGCAUUGUAGAGCAUAAAUAGAUGGCCCAUGCUUAUGUCAGAGCUCUGAAUCAUGUAUAUGAACCAACAGAACACCAGAUUAGAAGAGUCAGUUAAAUGGAACAGCAUGAGUUGGAAUCAUUAUACUUUUCUUUGCAAGGAAUUUGAUUGAGAAUAGGCUUGUGCUGCAAUAACAUGGAGCAUUUGAUAAUGUCUUGCUGUUUGGGAUUAACAAGAUUCAGUAACUAUGUGCUCAUAAUUUAGGCUCCAGUGUUUAUGAUGCUGGAGAAAGGAAUUUGAUCAUUUUCGAGUUCUAUAUAACUUUUAAGAAUUAUUUUUAAAUAUUUAAUUGGAAUAAGUCAAGAAUUUGAUCAUUAUACUGUUUUCAAUGAAUUGCAGUUCAGUUUCGUUUUAUAUUUUUUGUUUAAAAA